GCAGUUUAAAAAAAAAAGUAUUUGAAAUUUUCAAACAUGAUUCGCCAAUCGGCAAAACAAAUUUCUUCAAUACCUACCGAAUAUUCCAUUACGUAAUUUAUUUGUUGAUGUGGUACAAUAGUCUGUUAAGCAACAAAGAUGGUAGCUGGAAAAAUAGCUUUUGUAACAGGUGCUGGAAGUGGUAUAGGUAGAGAAGUAUGCCGUCUUUUAGCAAAACAAGGAUCCAAGGUUAUCGCGGCGGAUAGAAAUUUACAGACUGCUCAAGAAACCGUAGAUACUUUGAAUGAUUCUAACCAUUUAGCGCUACAGUUAGAAGUCUCGAAUCUAUCUAGUGUUAAGGAGGCAUUUAAAAGUGUGAUAAAUAAAUAUUCCAAACCACCCACUAUUGUGGUCAAUUCUGCGGGUAUUACUCGUGAUCAAUUUAUAUUGAAACUUUCCGAAGAUGAAUUCGAUCGAGUACUCGACGUAAAUUUAAAAGGGACAUUUCUUGUUAUCCAAACAGCAGUGAAAGAAAUGAUUGAUGCAGACGUGAAUAGAGGAAGCUCAAUUGUUAACGUGGGUUCUAUUAUUAGCGUAAAUGGAAACAUGGGUCAAGCUAAUUACGCGGCGUCGAAAGCUGGCGUGGAAGCCCUUUCAAAGACUGCAACUUUAGAAUUUGGACAAUUUGGGAUCCGUGUUAAUACCGUAUUGCCAGGAUUUAUAGAAACACCUAUGACAGAUAUUGUACCUGACAAUGUGAAACAGAUGUUUAUAAAAAGAAUUUCUCUUCGACGAAUGGGAAAACCAUCAGAAGUAGCAGAAGUUAUAACAUUUUUAGCAUCUAGCAAAAGUUCUUAUGUCAAUGGUGCAUCUAUUAAUGUUACAGGGGGAAUGCUUUAAAGCUAUGUACUUUCCACAAAGAUAAAUAUUUUUACAAGGU